AUGUUGGUAUCCAUAUCGGCAAAACUUUGUAAACAGCCUAUCUCAAGACCAAUGACACCAAGCACUCCAGGACGCGGACCAACUACACCAAAAACCAGCCCAAGUAAACCACAACUUACGACAGCGAUAUCAUAUGCCACUAAACCACCAGUGUGUGUCCUCAAGGUAUGUGAUAUUGAAGAACUACUUGGCUACAUACCUGGAAAUAUAAUAGGGUGGAUUGAGAAGGAUGGUAGAACUGGUGCCUCAAGUGAAGAAGAAGUUGCACAUGUAUUUGAUCAAGUUGAAGAAGGGGUCACUGUUCACAUUUCUUGCAAUAACUGUACUUGUAGUGAAGGCAUGCUGCAGUGCACCAACAAUGUUUGCAAAGGAUGUGCUUAUUCAACAUGGUCUCAAUGGACAGCAUGCAGUAAGGGCUGUGAUGUAGGGAAUCGAAUAAGAUCAAGAAAGAGACUGAUAAAAAAGGGAACAGCUGAUUGCAAUUUACCAACAGAAGAGACAUCUGAUUGUAACUUCAUUCCAUGUGAAGAAUCACCUUCAUGGAUGCCUUGGGCAACUUGGGAAAGUUGUUCAGCAUCAUGUGAUGUUGGAUACCAGAGAAGAACUCGAAAAUGUCAAAAUAAACUUGAAGUAAUAUCUGAAUGUCUUGGAGUAGGAGUGCAAAUCCAAGCAUGUGGAUUGGAAAGGUGUUCAAAUGAACGAGUGUGCACUGGAGGUAAAGUUUGGUCUGACUGCGCAAAUGAAUGUCCACUUCAUUGUGCAGACUACAAAGCUGGAAGGGGUGUAUGCCAGGAAUCAGAUACGUGUGUCCCUGGAUGUCGAUGUCCUGAGAACACCCUUGAACAGGAUGGAAAGUGUGUAAAGAAAGAACAAUGUUUUUGCCACGAUAAAUAUGGAACUGCUGUACUGGAAAAUUUUGAAACUUCAUCACAUGCAAUUUGUGAGAAAUGUUUAUGUAAACAUGGAGAAAUUACUUGUACAAAUAUUACAAAAAGUUGUUGUGUAUAUGCCAAAUGGUCGAGUUGGGGAGCUUGCAGUCGUACCUGUGGUGCUGGUAUACAACAUCGUUACAGAAAGUUGCUCUCCCAUGGUUCAUUGUGUGAAGAAUAUAUUCAUGAAAACAAAACCUGUACCUUAGGAACUUGUCCUUUUGAUUGUUAUUUCAAUGAAAAUGGUUACUAUAAUAAUGAAUUAAUUCGUGAAGAUUCUUGUGAAGUGUGUUAUUGUACAGCUUCAAAUAUAUCCUGCUUUUAUCAACCAAAUGCAAAAGCUGAUGGAAAAUGGGCAAGUUGGUCUGAGUGGGGACCUUGCAGCCAUUCAUGCCAGCCUGGUGGAAUCAGAAUAAGAACUCGCUCUUGCUCAAAUCCUUUACCACGCUGUGGGGGAAAAGUAUGUUCAGGAAACGCUGUUGAUUAUGAAUACUGUACAAUGAAGAAGACAUGCUGUAUUUAUGAAGAAUGGUCAAUGUGGUCAACAUGCAGCAAACCAUGUGGUAAAGGUUUUCAGAUCAGUGAACGAAUUAAAACUAGGGAUUCAUCUUGCAAAUUAAAUACUAAGACUAGAAGACAAACUUGUCGAGUACAGCCUUGCAGAGUGAGAUGUGGUAGAUGGACAAGGUGGUCACCUUGUGUGGGUCAGUGUGACAAAGGAGUCAGCAAAAGAACUUUUAGAGUUUCCACGAGACGAAGAAAUAAGUCUGUCUGCAAGACUCAAACGGAAGAAAGGGAAUGCAAACUGGCCAAAAAAUGCACAUGUGGUGAAGGAGAAAUAUGGUCAACUGAGCCAGUAUGUGAUAACACAUGCAACAAUGUUUUCGGACCUAUGAAUAAUUCCUUAUGUAAGGCACCACAGAAAGGCUGUAAAUGCAAAAAGAACUUAUUUAGAGACUCAACAGGCAAAUGUGUUCCAAGACAAAAUUGCAGUGAAUUUUGUUUUGCUGAUGGUUUAAUAAAACAGGAGAAUGAAAUGUGGACUAACCCUAAAAACAACUGUUCCAAAUGCGAAUGCAUUGGAGGCAUAACAAAAUGUCACCCAAUUUGUAAAUCACCUUCUUGUAAAAAUGAUGAAACCUUAUUUUACCUGGAGACCGAUCCUUGUUGUCCAGUUUGUCGAAAGAAAGAAGAAAUACAAUGUACAUUGAAGUCGAAAUUCAUAUUCCUGGAAAACAAAACAAGUAAUUGUCGCUCUGUUGAAAAAGUGAAGAUAUCGUAUUGCUCUGGUGAAUGUGGUGGAAGCUUUUCUGUACCAAAACUUCUCACAGAACAAAAAUUCUAUAAUUAUAAUGAUAUCUUUGACAAUCAAUGCUUAUGCUGUCAGAGUAGAACAUCGAAAAUUAAAGAAGUUAUUGCUUUGUGUGGAGCUGAACAAACUGAAACCGUGAUGUAUUACCCUGAUGUCUGCAGCUGUGAAUGUAAUCGUUGCAAGUAA